GUAAUUGUAUUUCUGGCUGCUUUAAAAUGGCUCGAUCAUAACUAUCUGGAAAGAGAAAAAUAUAUUAAACAAGUGAUGGAUAACAUCAGAUUUUCUAUGAUGACUUUAGAAGAGAUCGUAGCUUGUUAUCAUCCACCGAUAUUGCCUGGUAUCAUAGAACAUGUGUUCGUGAGAAAUCUUAUAACCGAUGCCACGUGUUAUAUUUCGGCAAAGAUGUGUGGACAAGUUACAAAAUUUACUGAUUACAAUAACAAUCCACGACGUUACCUACUGAGCGACCAUCCUUUAGAACUAUGGAAUACAUCUGAGUAUGAUGUUACUUGUGAAACAUUAUGGGGAAAGAAAACAAAAGCAGAAAAGACGAUUCAGUCGUAUUUUAAACGUUAUCUUUUCGCUAAAAGAUUUAACAAAAGAACAAAUGAAAUUGUAAAAAUUCAAGUAGCAAGUCGCAGUCAUUUAUUCAGAAAAAGUUCAAUAAAUUCACAGAAUUUAGAGGUUUGAUAGUCAAUCGCAUUUAAAUUUGUCAUUCGU